GAAUUUAUCUUUAGGUGAUAGUAUAUUUUAUCUAACCACCUACAAACUUUGUUCGAACGCAAUCUACAAGCAAAGGGUAUAAAAACUGGUGGUGGUUGCUACGAACCAUUUGUAACAGUGAAAUUAUACAAAUUAAAAGUUUGUUAUUGCUUUCGUUCAUUUAGAUUUUGUUCAUUCACUAAACAUAUACUAUUUUUAUAUGUGAGGCUUUUAAAAUAUUAAGUAGAGCCAAACGUGAUGAAGGAGUGUAUGAGUAACUCCUUAAUCAAUAUAACCCUCGUUAAUGGCAGGUACAAACUUUUGGAGCAUAUUGGAAGUGGAUCUUUUGGUAAGGUUUACACAAGCGUGGACCAAACUAACCUUAAAAAGGUAGCCAUUAAAAUAGACACCACAAAGUCGCACAGGCAGCUCCAUAAUGAGUGGUUGUUGUAUUGCCAUCUCUCACAGAAAAACUCAGCCUUAACCCCGGCAGUGUACUACUAUGGAACGGAAGGAGACUACAACAUUAUGGUCAUGGAUCUCUUAGGUCCAUCUCUGGAGACGCUUUUCACGAGUUGUAGUAGGAAAUUUUCACUCAAAACAACCCUCAUGUUAGCGGAUGAAAUGAUUGGACAACUAGAGUACAUUCACAGUUGUGGUAUCAUUCAUCGAGACAUGAAGCCUGAUAAUUUUUUAAUAGGAUUAGGUAAGAAAAGCCAUCACGUGUAUCUCAUCGAUUAUGGUCUCUCGAAGAUGUACUACAAAACUAUCAACCGAUCCCAUAUCGACUACAGUGAAGGCAACCAUAUGAUGGGCACCUUACGAUAUUGCAGCGUGAACACACAUCUUGGCAUCAAACAGGGCCGAAGAGACGAUUUAGAAGCGGUAGGAUACAUAUUAGUAUACUUUAUGAAAGACUCCCUUCCAUGGCAGGGCCUCCGGAAUGCAAAUCACAAUACCAUUGCGCAACAUAAAAUGUCCACAAUGGUGGAUGUGCUUUGUGAGGGGCUACCAAGUGAGUUUAUGAGCUACAUUAAUUACACUCGUGCAUUAAAAUUCAAGGAAAAUCCAAACUACACAUACCUCCGCAAUCUAUUCCGCUGGCUUUUUCGCAAGCUCGGGUACUCAAAUGAUUAUGUCUAUGACUGGGUUCUUCGACAAGCCUACGAGAAUGCCCGACGAGAGGAAUGGGAGUGUUUGAAUCAAUCACAAGACAAACAACUAGGCCAAAAAAUUAUGAGCAAAAAAAAGACAAAAAAGAACGAAGAAUUCACAUUCAUUUGUGCCUCCUCAUAA